AUGCUUUUUGAGGUCUACACCACCGAAUCGAUUGGCGCACCGCGGAACCAUAUCGCCAUCUACAUCGAGACCGCCCCGAGUGAAGACGCAGGCUGGCUCUACCAUGUUACUGGGACAAUCCUCAACGGUAUGGAAUACACACCUAGGGAAACACCAAACCCUGUGCACCUCCCGGAGUAUGUACCAUCCUCAAUGAAGCAAAUCGGGACCAUUGAGGAAGAAGAUCUGGACAAGUUUAUUACGGAGGUAUGCCUCGUGGUUCCUCCCCCGAGAGCCCAAGUCACGCUUCGAGGCACCCGCUUGUACCCCGACAUUCCGCUUUACCGCUGUGGGGAUUGGCUGAAUGAUGUUCAAGAGAUGGCUUUUCAGAAAGGGAUCUUCAAUUCUCUCUGA